AUGGGAAGUCUACUCAGCCCAGUGAUAGCCAACCUCUUCAUGGAGAAAUUUGAGAAGAAAGCAAUGGACACUUUCGAUUUCAAAACAACCUUUUGGCUACGAUACGUGGAUGACACCUUCGUUAUCUGGAGACAUUGGAGGAACAGACUGAACCUAUUUCUAGACCACAUAAAUGCUCAACACCCCAGCAUCAAGUUCACCAUAGCGACUGAACAGGAACAACUAAUAGAUUUUCUUGAUGUACUAGUCGAAAGGCGUGGCAUGAAACUGACACAUAUAGUGUACCGAAAACUGACAUAUACGGACAGAUAUCAGCAUGCACUUUUGAACCACCAUCCGAGUCAAAAGCGAGGAAUUAUCAACAUCCUGAUAGAACCUGCCCGUAGAAGAUGUGAACCGGAACACUUACAAGGAGAAUUGGAGCAGCUUCAAGUGACUUUAGUAGCGAAUUGA